CCAUAGUUUUUUCUAUAUAUUAAAUUUUUCCAUUUAAUCCAAUCUGGUUCUUCUUUACAAAUUUGAACCUAACCUUUCAUUUGUUCCCAAACCGUGAAAUGAAUAAAUCGUAAUAUUUCGUGAUGUUAGCUUUAAUGAACUCGCCGGCGAAGUUGCCGAAAAGCGUCCUGAAGCGAUUGAUAAGAAAAAGCAUUAACCGCGCCACGCGUGGUUACGGCACCGACGGUACGGGUCCCGGCGACUCGCCUUUAAAAAGGCUGCUAGACGAGUCGGCGUCGUUCAACGACGUAAAGACCCGACACCCCGAGCAGCAGUGGGCCACGCUGCCUUACCGGGACGGAACUUGCGUCCGUAGACAGGGAGCGUUCUUCUAUGGCGACAAAAAAGACCCGCGGGACGUUUCUAUCAUCUUGUUCCCCGGACAGGGGAGUCAAUACGUCGGGAUGGCCAAGGAUCUCCUAAAGUUUCCCUUGGCGAAAGAUUUGUUUGAGUUGGCCAGUUACAUUUUGAAGUAUGAUCUGUUGAAACUUUGCCUGGAAGGUCCGAAGGAUAAAUUGGACGAGACCCGGUACUGUCAGCCGGCGGUGAUGGUGUGCUCGCUCGCCGCCAUCGAGCGGUUAAAAGAGGAACGACCGAACGCGAUCGUAAACUGCGUGGGGACCGCGGGCUUCAGUUUGGGCGAGAUUACAGCGUUGGUGUUCGCCGGAGCACUGGGAUUUGAAAGGGCGCUGCACCUCGUCAGAGUCCGAGGGGAAGCAAUGCAGCUCGCUUGCGAGGCUAAUAAAGGGGGUAUGCUGACCGUUUGGUAUGGGCCGGACAGCAAACUGGGCGCCGCUUGUGUUAAAGCUAAGGAGUGGGCUUCAGAUAAGGGCGACGAGGUACCCGAAUGUCGCAUCGCAAACUAUUUGUUUCCCCAUUGCAAGGUGGUGUCGGGCAGUGAGUCAGCCAUCGAAUUCCUUGCGAUGAAUUACAAACAGUUCAAGCUCAGGCGGGUAAAGAGGUUACCGGUCAGCGGGGCGUUCCAUUCCGACCUCAUGGCGCCCGCGGUCGAACCUUUUAGGAAAGCGCUGAACAAAUCGGACAUUCAGGACCCGAUCAUAAGCGUUUAUUCAAAUGUGGACGGCAAGCGGUACCACAACGCAGAACAUAUACGGAAACAGUUGCCCAGACAGAUCGUGAAACCGGUCAAGUGGGAGCAGCUGCUGCACGUGGUGUAUGAGCGGGGCCAGGACGAAUAUUUCCCGCGGACGUUCGAGUGCGGCCCCGGCACUUCGCUCAGGGCCACUUUGAAAGAAGUCAAUGUGAAGGCGUGGCAGGAAAGUUUCGGUAUUGAGGCGUAGGCGUUUUCGUAAUAUAAGUUUCGAUAUAUUCGGUUUUUUCUUC